AUGUCUUUCUCCAGUCUCGUACAGGACCUCUCGAUUCGGUCAGCUGCUGACGCCCGCAACCGCGAGAACGCUUCUACGACCUCGGCCGCCUCCACGAUGGAUGGCAUGGCUUCCAGGACCUCCCACAUCUCCCGUGCCAUGUCCUACACCAGCACUGCCGCCACGAGCGUGAGCAUCUCCGGAGACAUCUCCAGCCAGCUCCACGGUGGCUACAGCCAUGCCCUGGCUCGGUCAUGGCAGGCAGAGAGGCAACUCACAAAGUCCAUGCUUAUCUAUCCCCUCUUCGUCUCCGACCAGGACGACGAGGAAGUCCUCAUCCCAUCCCUCCCGAAUCAGUACCGUCGCGGCAUCAACAGGUUGAUCCCUUUCCUCGAGCCGCUCGUCCACAAGGGCCUCCGUGCUGUCAUGCUGUUUGGUGUCCCCCUCAACCCGGGAACCAAAGAUGCUCUUGGCACUGCCGCAGACGACCCCAAGGGCCCCGUCAUGACCAGCAUCCGACUCCUUCGACAGCGUUUCCCUCAGCUGUACAUCACCGCAGAUGUUUGCCUCUGCGAGUACACCUCUCACGGCCACUGCGGCAUUCUCCGGGACGACGGAAGCCUCAACAACCAGCUCUCCGUCGACCGUAUUUCCGAUGUCGCCAUUGCCUACGCCCAGGCGGGCGCCCACUGCGUCGCGCCCUCAGACAUGAACGACGGUCGGAUCCGCGCCAUCAAACUCAAGCUGAUCGAGGAGGGAAUAGCACACAAAACACUGCUCAUGUCCUAUGCCGCCAAAUUCUCUGGCUGCCUGUACGGCCCCUUCCGCGACGCCGCUGGGUCGUGCCCUUCUUUUGGCGACCGGAAGUGCUACCAGUUGCCACCGGGAGGUCGCGGUCUUGCCCGUCGCGCGAUUGUCCGUGACAUCGGUGAAGGUGCGGAUGUGAUCAUGGUCAAGCCCGCAAGCCAGUACCUCGACAUCAUCUCCGACGCCAAGGAGCUCGGUAAAGACCUUCCUAUUGCCGCCUAUCAAGUCAGUGGCGAGUUCGCCAUGAUCCACGCUGCUGCAAAAGCCGGCGUCUUCGACCUCAAGACGAUGGCAUUCGAGUCGACAGAGGGCAUAUUGAGGGCGGGAGCAACAAUAGUGAUCAGCUAUUUCACGCCGGAGUUUUUGGACUGGCUGUCUACUUAA